GCUUUGCGGGCGGGUGCGGGCGCGCGCGGCUGCGGGGCGCUGUGGCGGGGGCCGGGCUGUACGCUAGCCGAGCCGGGAUCGGGGCGGGGAGCAGCCACGGCGCCGCCGAGGCCCGGGGCCCGCGACGCUGCGCACAGCCUGGGCGCCGAGUAGCCGGGCCGGGCCGGAGCGCGGGCGGCGGUGGCGGCGGCGGUGGCGGAGCAGCUGCGCCCCCCGCCCUCCCAGGCCCGGCGCCCGGGCCGCUGGCGAUGGUGACACAUGCGGCGGCGGCGCGCCGGCGGCAGGACCAUGGUUGAGCGCGCCAGCAAGUUCGUGCUGGUGGUGGCGGGCUCGGCGUGCUUCAUGCUCAUCCUUUACCAGUACGCGGGCCCGGGGCUGAGUCUGGGCGCGCCCGGUGGCCGCGUGCCCCCCGACGACCUGGAUCUCUUCCCCACGCCGGACCCACAUUACGAGAAAAAGUACUACUUCCCGGUGCGCGAGCUGGAGCGCUCGCUGCGCUUCGACAUGAAGGGCGACGACGUGAUCGUCUUCCUGCACAUCCAGAAGACCGGCGGCACCACCUUCGGCCGCCACCUAGUGCAGAACGUGCGCCUCGAGGUGCCCUGCGACUGUCGCCCGGGCCAGAAGAAGUGCACCUGCUAUCGGCCCAAUCGCCGCGAGACCUGGCUCUUCUCUCGCUUCUCCACGGGCUGGAGCUGCGGGCUGCACGCUGACUGGACCGAACUCACCAACUGUGUGCCCGGUGUGCUAGACCGCCGCGACCCAGCAGGUCUGCGUUCGCCCAGAAAGUUCUACUACAUCACCCUGCUGCGAGACCCCGUAUCCCGCUACCUGAGUGAAUGGCGACAUGUACAGCGUGGGGCCACGUGGAAGACCUCCUUGCACAUGUGUGACGGGCGCACACCGACCCCAGAGGAGCUGCCGCCCUGCUACGAGGGCACAGACUGGUCGGGCUGCACGUUGCAGGAGUUCAUGGAUUGCCCCUAUAACCUGGCUAACAACCGGCAGGUGCGCAUGCUGGCCGACCUCAGCCUGGUGGGCUGCUACAACCUAUCUUUCAUCCCCGAGAGCAAGCGGGCCCAGUUGCUGCUGGAGAGCGCCAAGAAGAACCUGCGAGGCAUGGCCUUCUUCGGCCUCACUGAGUUCCAGCGCAAGACGCAGUACCUAUUUGAGCGGACGUUCAACCUCAAGUUCAUCCGGCCAUUCAUGCAAUACAACAGCACGCGGGCGGGCGGUGUGGAGGUGGAUGAGGACACUAUCCGCCACAUCGAGGAGCUCAACGACCUGGACAUGCAGCUGUAUGACUAUGCCAAGGACCUCUUUCAGCAGCGUUACCAGUACAAGAGACAGCUGGAGCGCAGGGAACAGCGCCUGCGCAAUCGCGAAGAGCGCCUCCUGCACCGCUCCAAGGAAGCGCUGCCACGGGAGGACCCAGAAGAGCCGGGCCGUGUGCCCACCGAGGACUACAUGAGCCAUAUCAUUGAGAAGUGGUAGUAGUGUCAGGGGCAGAGAGUGAUGGGCACGAUUUAACAGGGAAAGAAAUGGGGCCAACAGUUCUUCCUGUUCGGUGCAGCGGGUGCUAGUAGGAUGCCCUAGUCCUUGAUGGGGCAGGGUAGGACCUCUGGGGCAGAUGGCCUCCCUGCUCUUCUGGCCCCCAUGUCAUAGUUAAAACUGACAAGGAUUUGAAAAAGACUGGCGAGGGAACGUGUCUGCUUAGCCGAGACUCCCAUACCUACUAUGCACGCACUGGCCCCCAACGACCAGCCCCCUAGGAACGUGUUACUAGCUCCUAAUAGCUUGGUUGAAGCUCCUUGGCCUCUGAGGACCCCUAAUAACCCAGAAUCUUGGGGAGCCCUUUCCUUUGAGAAUACAAGCAUGUCUCUGAGGCAUCCUCAGACCUGGAGUGCUCCCCAACCCCCACCUAUCAAAGCUGCUUUCAAGGUCAGGGUCAGCCCCAGCUGUGGCAGAGAAGACUCAAGUCUGGUGCCUGGCCUCUGCACUGUCUGGAGCAUGAUCAGAAUCCACGGUGUAUCCUGGCUUUAGGGGAACCAGGUUCAAGCAGGAAAGGGAUGGACACCAAGAGGUCUUCCCCCCACCCCCAGCUCCCCACCAAUCCCUAUGCUUUCUGAUGCACUGCCCCUCCCCCAUCACUGAAACAUUUAUACAAGGGCUUGUGUGCCAAUGUUCCUACCAUACCAGCAACUCUUUCUAUCCCGUGAAUAAAAGCAUCCCUUGGCUGGGAUAUAGGGCCACAUCAACCUGAGUUGGUACUGGGUGGCCAGGAUGGGGACUUUCCCAUUCUCAGCUGAGGUUGGAAGAAACCACUCUGGGUGUCCUUUCUGGGACCUGUCUGCAUAACCCUCCCCAUCCUGGCUCUCCUGCAUCUUCUUACCCUUUACAAAGUCUGACCCGGCCAUUUCCAGCAGACCUGUGAGCCAGCCAGGGACCGGACUAGAAGCCAUGUUGCAUAUUGGGGUUUUUGUUUGUUUGUUUUUUAAGCACUUACCAAGUGCCCUAUCCCUGGCAGGCCCCUAGUGGGGGUGUCGUGGCUUUUUUCAGAGUCUAUAAGCAUGCAGCCAUGGGUUGUGAGCUGACCUUGAGACAGGACGGGUCCCACACUCCCUGCCUCUGUCUCACUCAACACUCAGGCUAAGAAGGAGCGGGUCACCACAGACAAGAGUGGGGCCAUAUGUAGCACAGCAAUAUUCCAGAUGCUGGUGGGUAUUGCUGCUGCCCUAGAGCAAUGGCUUAAUCUUCACACAUGUGUGGUGUGGCACCAGGCACUUGACCUUGGGGGGUCUACAAGCAAGAUGAGUUCUGAUAGGCACAGUCCAGCCCAGUCUAGCACCACCUUUUAUGGUAGUUGAUCACUCUGAGGAGGUGGGUAGCAAGAUGAAUUAGGAGGUCAAGGUCACUGAGAGGAAUUUGUUUAGAUGCCCAGUUUAGAGUGAAUAGAUAUCUGCGGGGAACCUGGGGCAUUUUGGGGAACCCUGGGGUCUUUUACAGGUCAUGUUGGUUGCUGCUGCUUCUGUCAGGAAGUACCCUAGCUCCACGUACUCCCCGCCCCCCGCCGCCCCCUUCACAACCUUAUGUGUACAUGACCUGAACAUAGGAUCUGUUCUAUACAUACUGGAAUAUGUUUUAACAUAUGCCCCACCAUCCUGACUCACACGGAAGCACGGGUCUCUUCUCAAUCUUUGCUGCAUUUGGAAAAUGUUCCCUCCCAUCUCAGGCCAGCGCCAUGUCGAGGCAUCUUCAGUCCACCCCUGCCUAAGGCUCAGGCUACCUGCUUUGGGGCACAGCUUCCUGGUACUCACAGCAUCUCAGAACAGGGUGCUUCCCUCUGCCUCCAGCUCCAAGGACUCUGCCUACAGGAGUGUGCCUUGGGGCUGAAAGGCCAUGCAAACACAACAAACUAAUAACUCAGUCCCAAAGCACCCUGCAGCCCUGCAGACACCCCCCCCCUCCAAGAGUGGGAGGCAGGGACCACAGAACUGUCCAGCCAACACGUCUGAACUGGAACUGUUCCACUUGAACCCGGGAGCUUUAAAGCUUUAUUUAUUUAUAGCUUCUUAUUAAAAAUUUAAAAAAAGCGUUGAGGAGGAAUCCUUUGGUUAUUCAUACGGAAUUGAUGAUGGAAAAGCAACUGGUUGUCUUCUAAUUGUCUUUGUCUAGAUGGAAACUGAACCUUAGCAGAUGAAUAAACCCUGAAAAGGUCA